UGAACGCGUCCCCGAAGUUCCCAUUGAGGUGAUGUACUCGAAAGAGGCCGACCUCGGUCUCUUGGGCGGCGAGGGCAUCGUCAAGGGCUACGUUAAUUCGCGAAAGUACUUCCAAGCCGAUUGGCCCUUUAGUCGACCAAAGUACUUCUUUCCUGAGCUGAAGAAGGCGCUUCGGCAAACAUUGGCGCUGUUUGACGAGCACCACUGCCUGGAUGGUUACAUUUUAAAAACACCGGUCCAAGAUCUAAAGUCGCAGCUGGCGCUGCAACUUUGCCGAGAAAUGCUGCUGACGCUGCUGAUAAAAAAGAGGACCUGUAGAAAUGAGGCGCACAGAAGUGAGAUCCGCAAAAAGUACACCGACUGUGUGACGAUGUCGCCCGAUGAGGCCGAGUGGUUCGGCUUUUCGACGAUGGACGCGCUCACGUAG